GUGGGGCGCCUACAGCAGGAACUGGAGGAAGUGUCCUUCCAAUCUUUAUUUUUCUGUUAUGCAAACUAAUUGAGGAACUAGGUUCUAGUGACUUCCCCACUCCAGCCACUCCUCCACUUCUCUGCCCCUUCCGUGGUUUUAUUUCCGAGUUUGACAGAGGGCAAAGAUAGGAAAGUUGUAGCGUGUGUGUUUGCACCCGUACAAAUGAACUGGGUCUCUGUUUUGCCUUGAUUGGGUGUGAUAGGAGUGGUUAUUGUGUGUGUGUGUGCGUGCGUGCGUGCGUGUGUGGGGGAAGGCACAGGCCGGUUUGGUGUGGUGGAGAGGGAAUACCACAAUCUGUGCCAAUUGUGCCUUGAGGCAAGAGCACCAAAUGAUGAAUAAUACCGCCUGGCUUGGCUGCUUUCCAGUUGACUUUAUGUCUUAUGUCAAGUCCCUCCUUCCUGAAGCUUUCCCUAACAAUGCCAGCUCACACUAAACUCUCCUUUUCUACCUUUCCUUUUGUACUUAGCAUGUACACUGAAACCUCGUUAUAUACUGUUUUCAGUUUUUCUCAGUUUGAGCAUUAUGCAGUUAUUACACAUGUAGAUUUAUGAAUUUCUCCAGUUAGGUCUUUCAUAUUAAUUUUUCUGGGGACUCGGUUUUCUCUUUUGUUGCCAUUGUUGACCCAUAAAGGCUCACAGAACUAAACAAUUAAUAGGUGCUUUUUCUUCAAUAAUUCAGCCCCCCCAGAAAUGGAGCAUCUACUGUGUGCAUUGUGCCAGGCACAGUACUGGGUACCUGCGAUGCAUUCUUGAUGAAGUCAUGAGCCCUUGCAUCAAAGAUUUCUUUCAGUCUAUUGGACAAGAGAGAAGAGGAUUAAUUGCUUUUCCCUACCCAUUUUCCACCUGGCACAAUGCUAAUAGGAUUUUUAGACUGAAGAGCAGUUGGAGCUAAUCCACAUCAUGGAAAUGGAAACCACCGAACCUGAGCCAGACUGUGUGGUGCAGCCUCCCUCUCCUCCUGAUGACUUUUCAUGCCAAAUGAGACUCUCUGAGAAGAUCACUCCAUUGAAGACUUGUUUUAAGAAGAAGGAUCAGAAGAGAUUAGGAACUGGAACCUUGAGGUCUUUGAGGCCAAUAUUAAACACGCUGCUAGAAUCUGGCUCGCUUGAUGGGGUUUUUAGAUCUAGAAACCAGAGUACAGAUGAGAGCGGCUUACAUGAACCUAUGGUGAAAAAACCCUUGGAAAUCAAUCCAUCGUGUCCACCAGCAGAAAACAAUAUGUCUGUCCUGAUUCCUGAUGGGACAAAUGUUGGGGGCCAAAUAACAGAAGCCCAUCCUCCCACUGAUGCUCCAGAACAAGUGGUUCCAAUCCAGGAUCAUAGCUUUCCACCAGAAGCCAUCAGUGGGACAGUGGCAGAUUCUACAGCAGGGCACUUCCAGACUGACCUUUUGCACCCAGUUUCAAGUGAUGUUCCUACUAGUCCUGACUGCAUAGACAAAGUCAUGGAUUACGUUCCAGGGGUUUUCCAAGAUAACAGUUUUACAAUCCAGUACAUUUUGGACACCAGUGAUAAGUUGAGUACCGAGCUCUUUCAGGACAAAAGUGAAGAGGCCUCCCUUGACCUUGUGUUUGAGCUGGUGAACCAGCUACAGUACCACACUCACCAAGAGAAUGGAAUUGAAAUUUGCAUGGACUUUUUGCAAGGCACUUGUAUUUAUGGCAGGGAUUGUUUGAAGCACCACACCGUCUUGCCAUAUCAUUGGCAGAUCAAGAGGACAACUACUCAAAAAUGGCAGAGUGUAUCCAAUGAUUCUCAGGAGCACUUGGAAAGAUUUUACUGUAACCCAGAGAAUGAUAGAAUGAGAAUGAAGUAUGGAGGACAAGAGUUUUGGGCAGAUUUGAAUGCCAUGAAUGUGUAUGAAACAACUGAAUUUGACCAACUACGAAGGCUGUCCACACCACCCUCUAGCAAUAUCAACUCUAUUUACCACACAGUCUGGAAAUUCUUCUGUAGGGACCACUUUGGAUGGAGAGAGUAUCCUGAGUCUGUUAUUCGAUUGAUUGAAGAAGCCAACUCUCGGGGUCUAAAAGAGGUCCGAUUCAUGAUGUGGAACAACCACUAUAUUCUUCACAACUCAUUCUUUAGGAGAGAAAUAAAAAGGAGACCCCUCUUCCGCUCCUGUUUUAUACUGCUUCCAUAUUUACAGACACUUGGUGGUGUUCCCACACAGGCUCCUCCACCACUUGAAGCAACAUCAUCAUCACAAAUCAUCUGCCCAGAUGGGGUCACCUCAGCAAACUUUUACCCAGAAACUUGGGUUUAUAUGCAUCCAUCUCAGGACUUCAUCCAAGUGCCUGUCUCUGCAGAGGACAAAAGUUAUCGAAUCAUUUAUAAUCUUUUUCAUAAGACUGUGCCUGAGUUUAAAUAUAGAAUUUUACAGAUAUUGAGAGUCCAAAAUCAGUUUCUUUGGGAGAAAUACAAAAGGAAAAAGGAAUAUAUGAACAGAAAAAUGUUUGGCCAUGACAGAAUAAUAAAUGAGAGACAUUUAUUUCAUGGAACAUCCCAGGAUGUGGUAGAUGGCAUCUGCAAGCACAACUUUGACCCUCGAGUCUGUGGAAAGCAUGCUACAAUGUUUGGACAAGGCAGUUAUUUUGCAAAGAAGGCAAGCUACUCUCAUAACUUUUCUAAGAAGUCCUCCAAAGGAGUCCAUUUCAUGUUUCUGGCUAAAGUGCUAACUGGCAGAUACACGAUGGGCAGUCAUGGCAUGAGAAGGCCCCCUCCCGUCAAUCCUGGCAGUGUCACCAGUGACCUGUAUGACUCUUGUGUGGAUAAUUUCUUUGAGCCUCAAAUUUUUGUCAUUUUUAAUGAUGAUCAGAGUUACCCUUAUUUUGUUAUCCAAUAUGAAGAAGUCAGUAACACUGUUUCCAUUUGAAAAACCUUGGUACUGCUAAAUUAUUUAUAUGAACUCAAUCCAGCAUUUGUAGCAGGUUUUGGAUGGGUGGGACAGCGUGGGAGACAGCAUUGGACAUUAUUAGGGCACUUUUAAGACCCAUUUUUUUUAAGUGCUAGAAAGUGAAAAAAAAAUUUUUAAAGAAAAACACAGGUUUUAAAAUGACCACUUAUUAUUAUUCUUUAAUUAUUUACUAAUUGUUGUUAGUGUACUCAGUGUGGAAAAGACUACAGAUUGCAUACUCUUUUCAUUCACACUUGUACAUAUAGGCAGCAAUGUUAUUAGAAGCAUUUUUUAGAAGAGAAACUGAACAACCUAACUCAUGAAAUGUGACUAAGCCUGGUAGAAGUUUGGCCAAAUAAAAUGCAGGCUGUGAGCAAAGUGAGGAUUCUAUUUACAAAGAUAAACCUGCCUGGAACUAGUACUACCAUACUUACCCCCCAUCCGAAGCAUCACUGCUGUGGUAUAAAAGUUUCUGAAAUUCUGGUGGGUGGAGAGAAAUUUCUGUUUCUGUCAGUAGGACUGAGCUGUAUCACCCAACCAGAGAGCAUCAGUGACUUUAACUGUUCUGCAGAGUUUGCCUAAGAACUCAGAGUUCUGUUUAGAAGUAUUGAGAAAAAAGGAACCAUUUGAAAACUUUUUGUCACCAGCAAAAGUUUUCAUUAACUAGUUAUAUGAAAUGUGACUCUCAUGCUGUUAAACUUCAGCCUUGGAAAACUAGGUCUCUCAUUAUCAUCUACCCCAGUUGGAAGGACUUUGGGCACCUCAUUUAGUUCAGGCCAGUCUUGAGAAUUAGAAGUAUUACUAUAAUUUAGGGUUCCAGACCUAGGCUCUGACUGAAGGUUUUAGAGAAGUACAUCUGUAACUGAAUUAGUAAACCCCCCAAAAGGUAUUUGUUGCAUGGGAAUAUUGUGAAAGCUGGCUACCCCAUCCCCACCGCCUGCUUUGUCAGAUGCAGCUGGGUUCCCUGGCCAACCCUGUAUCUUACACUACUUCUGAGAAACACAAACUUGGACAUGGUGCCACUGGCCCAGUUAGAGCAGUGUUAGGUGAAGGUGCUGAGGCAGCAGCUCAGAGAGCAGCUAGGUGUGCUUCACCUGGAGCAAAAGCAAACACACCUGGAUUUAUGAAAGUGGAAGUGGUCGUUUACAAAAACAGCUCUCCCAGUAGGUCUGCAGUUGUUUCAUUUACACACAACUCUUCAGGAACCUCUCUGCUGUUUAAAGCAAGAUAUCUCUAGCCUGCUGUCAGUGACUCGGCCUGUUAAAGCACUUACCAGGGCUUCCACACAAUUAUUUAUUUUGCCCUAGUUGAUCUUGUUGUUUGCUGCCAUUGGCAUAAAACAGCCAACUGUGGCUGGUCCAGUUGUUCUUUUGUUCAAUUAUAACUUGUAAACCAGUGAUACCCAAUCUUUUUCAAGUUAAGACACCUUACCAUUGCUUAUUUGAUUUUUUUCUUUUUUUCUCCCUAAAGGAAAAAAAAAGCUUUAUGACAUAUUUAUUUUUUUAAUAAAACUAAGCAAAAAUAAAAGUUCUGGUAA